UUGUUGAGCGCGGGGGGCACGUUGGUUAACAACAGCCUUUGGAAGAAGAACUUAUGGCUGAAGCAUUUUCAUAAGGUUGGGAACUGUUUCUCCGUAGAAAACCUAGAAUUUACAUAAAAACGUGGAUUGGCGAGGCAAACAACCGUUAAACACCGAACUCCUGAGACACUGAUUGUGUAGGAGCGUCGUCUUGAACGCCGCUGAAGGCUCUAAGCGUGUCAACCUCUCCAGGCGUUCGACACCAAUACAUCUGCCAGCUAUAGGACGGUUACACAGGACACAUUUUCUAAGCAGUGAGCACCUAAUAUCAAUGUAGCACAUGGAUAUGGUGUGGACUGAUAGGGGCUGUUAAAAUUAAUGGGUGGGACUUGGUCCAAAAGUGCUACCGUUCAAUUGCGCCGGCUGGAACUGGGGCAGUGAAUGUGCCCAGUCGGCUACGCAUGGAUUUGUCAAUAGAGAGACGACCAACCAACGCAUCCUUUUGUUGUGGUGGAUAAAUUGUUCCACAUUGUAGCUAAAAAUUGAAUAUUUUAUUUCAACAAUAAAAAAUACAAACAUUUAUGAGAAUUCAGGGGAGGUAUUUUAACUGGAUCCAAGUGCGUCUAAAUCGGGAAUCCUGUCGACUACGGAUUUGAUUAAUCGCUUUCAAAGACAUCCCACUGCUCUCCAAAAACGGGACAAGAUGCCGUUCCACCAUGUGACGGCAGGACUGCUGUACAAGGGGAACUACCUGAGUCACUCUCUGUCUGAGGACAAUGACAGUGACCAGCUGGCCAGCAUCUCUGUGGAGGAGCUAGAUGAGAUCCGGGAGGCAUUCAGAGUGCUGGACCGGGAUGGGAACGGGUUCAUCUCCAAGCAGGAGCUGGGUAUGGCCAUGAGGUCCCUGGGAUACAUGCCCAGUGAGGUGGAGCUGGCCAUCAUCAUGCAGAGACUAGACAUGGAUGGAGACGGGCAGGUGGACUUCGAUGAGUUCAUGACGAUCCUAGGACCCAAGCUCCUGUCGUCUGAAACCAGGGAGGGCUUCCUUGGGAGCACGAUAGACAGCAUAUUCUGGCAGGGUCUUUCUCCAUCAGGGGCUAUGUGUGUCACCAAGCAGGUGCAGGGCUCCUCAGUUCAGUCUCACUGA